AUAGUGAAUGCAGGGUCCGGGGAGAGCGGAUAUAGUGAAUGCAGGGUCCUGGGGAGACCAGAUAUAGUGAAUGCAGGGUCUGGGGAGACUGGAUAUAGUGAAUGCAGAGUCCGGGAGAGAGCAGAUAUAGUGAAUGCAGGGGUCCGGGGAGACCAGAUAUAGUGAAUGCAAGGUCUGGGGAGACUGGAUAUAGUGAAUGCAGAGUCCGGGGAGACCAGAUAUAGUAAAUGCAGGGUCCGGGGAGACCAGAUAUAGUGAAUGCAGGGUCCGGGGAGACCGGAUAUAGUGAAUGCAGGGUCCGGGGAGAGCGGAUAUAGUGAAUGCAGGGUCCUGG